AUGAAGGCAGCGAUUACUCUACGAAUGCUCAUAGGGGCGGUUGUAACAACUGUCGCGACUGCCCAGGUGGCGCCGCAGCCAGAUGGAUGGCCAGUGUUCACGUACCAGGGAGUGGUGACUGACAAGAGCAAGCUUCAGUACAACCCGACCAACGAAUAUAUUUUCCCCUCGGUACUUCAUGCUAGCAUUUACCUGAAAAACCCCCUUGGAGCGUGGUAUUUGUACUACGCCCCUCAUGACGAUCCCGGCGGUAUCUCGCUCAUGUAUGCCAACAGCCCCGACGGGCCAUGGACUGAGUACGCCAACAAUCCAGUCAUUAAGAACGUAUGGUCGGGGCACUACUCGGUGCCCCAUGUCUCCAGUCCAGAUGCAAAGUGGAACAAGGAGGCCAGCCGUUUGUUCGUGUACUUUCACGGGAGCAACGCCCAGACUCGCUGGGCAGAAACCGACGACGGGGUCAACUUUGAUUACGGAGGCGUUGCCGUGAACAACAGUAUGGGAGGGCCGAACGUGACAGAGACGAGUUAUGCGCGUGUCUUUACGCACCGCAAUCCGGCCUCCGGAUACGCUUACGGUAUGUUCUAUAUGGGCAACGAGCGUGAUAACGUGCGCCGCAUUCGCUUGGCCGAAUCUAAGGACGGGCGCACUUGGACCGUGGACCCCAACUACAUUGUUGAGCCUGGUCCCGAAGAGGGUACCAACGUCUCAGGAGGAAGCCUCUGGCAGUGGAAAGGGCAGCUUUAUGUCAUAUACCACGCCUCCAGCGGUAAUUCGUACGCUCGGACUAUUGACAAGACGCUUCGCAAGGUUGGCUCCGAGCCAAUCUUGCUGCAUAAAUCGAGCGGUAAUGGUGAAGACGUCGGGCGUGUAGCGUCUCCUGAAAUCGUCACCUUUGGUGACAAGACGUACCUGUUCUAUGAAUCUGGCGACAGGCUUGGAGCUACCAUUGCGUGGGCGAAGAGAGUUUAG